CAGCCCAAGUCAAAUAUAUACAGUUCUCUCUCUAAACCCUUCUCUUACCGCAUAAGCCGCCGCUACCCACCACCGCCGCCUCAUCCCGCCUCCACCACCGCCGCCGCCUCACCCCGCCUCACCUCGCAGCUCCCACCAUAAACCUGUUCUCUCUCCAACCAAUGACUUUACUCGAGCUUAUAACGAAAGCUUCGUCCUCAAUCCAAACCCUACCCACCGACGAUGAAUCCAAUUACCCGAUUGUGCUCAACCCAGACCCUAUUUUUCUGAAGCUCAAGCCCGAAUCCGACGACCCGAACCCGGUCAAAAAGCUUACCGGAUGGGAAAUAUCGCAAACGGAUCAGGAACUCAUCAAACUAGGGCAAAAAUUCAGCCAAACCCUCAGCAGGAAGCUCAAAAACCCAAAAACAUUCGGUAAAGUUGAGUUCUUGCAAAUGUUCACCGCCUACUUGGAGAACGUCGGUAACAAAAUUGGGGUUUCGAUUUCUUUCGACAGAACCGAAAAAGGGUACCCUUGUAAAUUAGUCGAUUUGCUAGGCAUUUUGAUGAGCGGAGAUGUUAAACCCUCGAUUCAAGAAGCUUGCGUCGCUUUGGAAGUUUGGGAUGUUUUGGAAACCAUGAUAAUUAACAAAUUCGUCGCGCAUUCGCUCACCUCGAAUUUAGUUUCUAAUUUGAUCGAAAAACGGAUGUCGGAUUUGAUCGUGUUAUGCGUGAAGCAUUUGCCCGAUCUCCAAGCGUACGAUUUAAUGUGCGUAUUGAAGUACUUUCUAGCCACGCCGAUCGAAGGGUACAAAACCCUCGUUGCCGUGAGGGAGUAUUGGACCAGCCAAGCGAUGCUAGCGAUCGAAAAGGCGAUCGAGUCUAAGGGAGUAGGAGUUAGCUCGAAGGAGAAGAGGUUCGCAAAGGAAGCCGCGGUUUUAGUGAUGGCGGCCCACGACGGGUUCUCGGUUUCCGAACUGUGCCUGCAUUGCUUCUUCGCGUCGCCGAAUGUCGACGAGGUGGUUUUAUCGGCUUGCGUGGGGAAGUUGAGCGGUGAGGAGAUGAAGGGUUUGAUCGAGUACUUGGGUAAGUGGCUGAGGAAAUACGAGAGGUUCCCGCAGAUUGUGCCUUGCCCGAAGGCGUCUUUGCCUCCGUUGGUUUUGAAGGUGUGCGAUUGGAUUCCGAGUUUUGAUUGUGUUGUGAAAUGUCUCGGUGUUGUUCUGGACGUGCAUUUUUCGUCUUUGGUUUUGAAUUCGGAGUUUCGUGAGUUGACGGAGCUUCAAGGAGUUGCUGCCUCGUUGGCUAAUGAGGCGAGGCUUUGUGGGAGUUUGGUGAAUCUGACUGAACGGUUUAGAGUUGAGCAUAAGGCCAAUGAUCGUGAAUCUUUAGCAAAUUUUGCGAUUUGAAGAUUAGAACAGUUACUCUGCACAAGGGUUUUGAAUUGAAGAGGAGAUUUCAGUGGCUUCGUUUUCUGUAUGCGGUAUUUUACGCAAAAUUUUGAAAUAUUUACUUGGCUUUAUUUUUGUUUGCUCCGUGUUCGAACGAACUUUUGACAUUAUGAAUGAAAAACGCACUUUGUUUAGAUUCUGAGAGAUCGUGAUCUUCCAGAAAACAGUUAUUCUUUUGGUUGAGUUUAAGGAUUAAUUAAUAUGUACUGAUUUUGACUUGU